AUGAAAUUUAAUAAAAACGCUAAACAAGGAAAAAAAUAAUAAGUUUAAAACAAAGAGACUGAGGAAAUCGAAGAUACUCAUCAUGCUGAUAUGUUAAAAGGAGUAGACCAGAAAUUUUCAGUUUUUAAUAGAAAAUAAAAUAGGAAAAUAAAAAAAAUGGAGAAGAAGUAAAAAAAGUAAACUUUCUUCUCUUCAACUAAAGAUUAGAAGAAGUAGAUAAUGAUGGAUAAGAUAUAAAAAGAAUAAGAAGAGCAACAAAUAAAGAGGAUCUAAGAAUUGAAUAAGAAGGAUUUUAAAUCAUAAUAGUAAACUCAAGAGGAAAAGGAAGAAUUAAAGAGAAAGAAACUCGAACAAAUUGAAAAGUAAAGAUAAGAAAGAGAGAAGAGAUAACUAGAAGAGAAAAUCAAGAUGGAUGAUGAGGAAAUUAAAUAUUUUGAAAAAUUAUUGGGUAAAAAAAAGGGUAAAACUGGAGAAAAAAGGUUUAGCAAAGAGUUAAAACUUGAUGGUUGGGAAGAUGAUUUAUUUAGCUUUUUAGAUAAUAUUUCAACUACAAUUAAAACUGAUGUUAAAUAAUACAAGCCUUUCUUUUAAGAAGAAGGUAUUCUUGAGGAUGCUGAAGUUAAAGAGUUAGUUGAGGAAAGUAAUGCUCCAAUUUCAUUAGUAAAUGGUCCUAAUAAAUCUUUACCAGAGGAUGAUGAUGAUAACCCUGAUCAAGAAGGAUUCACUGAAGAAAGUAAUAAUGAUAUUGAAGAAGAAGAUGAAGAGUUGAGUGAUUUAGAAGAAGAUGAAAUGGAAGAAGAGGAAGAGGAUGAAGAAUAGGAUGUCGAAGAUGAUGAUGAAGAAUAAGAUGUCGAAGAAGAAGAUGAUGAUGAAAAUAUGGAAGAUGAAAAUGGUGAUGAUUUAGAAGAUGAUGAUGAAGAAGAAGAAAGUUAUUAUGAUGAUAUUGAAGAUGAAGAUGAAGACGAAUAUGAAUAUGUUGAAGAAAAAAAUGAAGAAUUAAAACCUGAAAAAAAGGAAAUCAAAUCUAUUUUAAAAGGAAGCAGUGCAAAUUCUGUUGCAAGCAAAGAAAAAGAAUAAUCUUAAAAAGGAAAUCAAAAAGAUUAGAAUAAAAAUACUAAGGAGGAAAAGAAGGAGCUCUCUGAAAUAGAAAAGUGGAAAUUAGAGAAGUAAUAAAAGAAAGAAUAAGGAAUGACUGAAGAAGAAAAGGAAAGACAAAGAAUUUUAGUGGAAAUGGAAAAAAAAGAUUUUGAGAAAAAGAACUUAAUCAGAAAAUCAAUCAUCCAGGGCUACAAUAGACUUUCAGAAACUAACAUUGAUAUUAUCUUUAAAGAAAUUCUAGAUAAUUUCUAAUCAAAUGCCAAGAAUUUAGUCACACCUAUUUUAGCUGAUAUUUUUAUGAAAACCACUAUCGAACCUGUUAAGGUUAUGCAACACAUAAUGGCCAGUAACACUGUAGUUGUUAGUGCUAUUCACUAAAUCUAUGAUAAUGAAGGCUUUGGACCUAUUAUGAAAUCUCUCUUAAAUCUUUACUAAGAAAUUAUCUAAAAUAAAGAUGCCUUACAAUCUGAAUUGGAAGAAGAUUCAAUUCAUGAAGAUUCUCUCUUUAAUAAAUUAAGAAAUAUUACUAUUGUUUUCUCUUACUUUUAUAUAUUUGAUGAUGUUAGUAUUGAUUUCAUUUCUGGUUACUUGGAGCACUUACUUUAGAAUAUUAAUUAAAGAACUAUUGAGGCUCUUUUAAUCCUUGUUUAACAUGUUGGAGCUAAAAUAAGACAAGAUAAUCCACAAAUUCUCAAGAAUAUUAUUGACAAUACUAAAGCUAAAGUCGAUGAAUAUUCAAAUCAAUUGAAAGCUCAAGGCAAACAAGUUCCUAAAAAAAUUGAAUUUGUUAUGCUUACUUUAAAUGAUAUUCGUCUCAAUAAAAAACUUAAAACUGAUCCUGUGCAAAGAUUAAAUUUCUUUAUUAACUGGUUAAAGAAGAACAUCAUUCAAAAAAUGAAAUUAACUAAGAGAACAUUCCCUGUUGAUUUUAAAUUUGCUUUCAACUCAAAGAGAGAUACUCCUAGAUGGUAUUCCUAUUUUGAAACUGGAGCUUACAGACAAGAUUUGAACGACAAAGGUGAGGAUGGAAAUGAGGAUUUUGAAAAUAGAGAUAGUGAAUUUAGUCAUCUAACAGAAGAAACUAAAAGAAAACUUGAAUAAUUGGCAAUUAAGUGUAGAAUGACCACAGAUACCCGUAAAAGAAUUUUCAUGCUAGUAAUGAGCUCUGAAGAUUAUGUCGAUGCAGCUUAAAGAAUAUUGAAGCUAAAAGUAGUUAAGAAAUCAAGCUAAGAAGUUGCUGUUGUUGUUAUUUAAUGCUGUGCCUAAGAAAAGAAAUUCAAUCCUUUCUACUCUCAUUUAACUCAAAAAUUAAUUGAAAUCAACCCAAAAAUAAAAUUCAGCUUUUAAUAUGCCUUGUGGGAUUAAUUUAAAACAAUAGAAAGAGCUGAAAUAAGAAAAAUCAACAAUUUAGCUAAAUACGCAGCUCUUUUAUGCUCUUCCAAGAGCUUAGGAAUUACUGCUCUCAAAUUCUUUGAUUUAGAAAACCUCUCUGAGUAAACAAUAAUCUUCCUCAAGAUAUUCUUAGGCAAUUUCUUCAAAAAGAUAUCUCAAGAAGAUUUAGACAUAUAAAUUAACAAAGCAAUAGCUAGAGAAGAAAAUUUCGUUUUCGUAGAAGGAUUUAAAGAAUUUUUAAAAAAUUACUAUUGGAAAUCUAUUUUAACAAGCAAAGAAAAAGACAACGAUUCCCUUAAAGAUGCUGUUAAAUAUACAGUAAAAAAACUAAAAAUAUAACCUAAAAUAGAUAAAUUGGACGAUUGA